UUUGCCUAGAGACCGAACCUUUGAGAAUCAUCAGGGAAGGCUGAGUAAUAGAUUGACGACCCAAGCUGCCAAAGUCUUUAGACGAUCACGCUGUCAACAAUCUUAGUUAGAUCCUUUCCGGUGCCCCCCCAACACCUUGCCAUUCACGGCCGAGAUAACAGGUGUCUGGUCUACACUCCGCAAACUGUUUGUACUCCUCAAACAGACCGUGCAUAGAACAUAUAAUUACUAUAAUUGCAGCCUGCUAACACUGUAAGGACUUGCAUUGGCCUUUUCGUGCUGUCCCUCUCUCCCUCUCUCCCUCUCUCUCUCUCUCUCCCUCUCUCUCUUCACCAGUGAGCCAGCAUGUCUCGAUCAUCCAGCCCUGAUGCCCACUGGGAUCGACUAGAGUCCUGGCUGAGUGCCAUAACUGGUACCCUCCUGUCUGAAGCAGCUGGCAGCCUGCAGCACCUGAGCCGGGAACAGCUCGACGACAACCUUAGCGCCCUGAUGUCACACGAUCCAACACAGGACUACAGCCACAAAGAUCUCACCAAGAUCAUCGGGCCCCUCGCCCACAACCUCCUCGCUCAGGCAAAGCUGGGAGAAGCAAGCAUCUCCCGCAUGGAACAGGAAGCAGCAGCGCUGAAGCUCCAGGCUGAGGAGGCUCAGAGAAACCUGGUGCUUGCUCAAAGUCAACUGGACCAGCUAACGUCGGAGACUCAGCACCAGCACAGGACGGCGGAUGAAAAGGACCCAGAGCUGCAGGAGGAAGUAGAGAGACUCCAGAAAGCCUUAACUGAUCUCCGUGUAGACACAGCACGCCGAGAGCAGUGGGAAAAGGACACCAGAGAGGACCUAAGUGAAAAACUCCAGCAAGCCGAGGCUCUCCUGAUGAGACCAGAGACUGAACUCAAAGAGAGAGACGCCAGGGCCAAGGCCUGCGAAGGGUCAAAGUGGAUUACCAGCAACUGCAGCAGGCUUUGA